AUCUUAGUAGUAAGGGCAUUGAAAUUGUAGAUCUUAGUCGUAAGGACAUUGUAGAUCUUAGUAAAGACGUUGAAAUUAUAGAUCUUAGUAGUAAAGACAUUGAAAUUAUAGAUAUAAAUAAGGAUAUUGAGGAUAUUAGUGAUGAUAUUGAAUUUAUGGAUAUUAGCAAUGAUAUUGAAUUUAUGAAUAUCAGUGAGGAUAUUGAAUCUAUGGAUAUUAGUGAUAAUAUUGAAAUUAUAGACAUUAGUGAAGUUAUGGACAUUGGCAACGAUAUAGAUAUAGCAAUAAUUAGGUGCUUAUUUUGGAGAAGAUAUAAACUGUCGGUAGUGCUUAAUUUCGG